GCUGCUAUAAUUAGCCGCGUGCCCGGCCGGAUCUCGCGCGUGCAGGCUGCGUUGGACCGCAGCGGGGUUGUGGCGGGCGCGUGACUGGCUCCCGUCACUUCCGUAUCUGUCAAAGGUGUUGCAGGAGGCUGCGGAGGAGGCGAAGCGGGCGUCCUCCUGCAGGUGAGCCCGCCUGACGCCUGUCGGAGUGACGGACGGGCGUCCAGCAGCAGACGUUAGCUUAACGUCUUCGGCUAAAUCCUUCCUGCGGCGUGUUCACCGGCUCGCCAGGUUUGUCUGCGUGUCAGCGCCGGAGCGGCCCGCAGGCGCAGAGCGGUGAUUUGUGUGCUGCGGAGGAGCCGUCAUUGAUUCCGAUGCCCGCCGAGGCGGACAGCCAGCGGAGAGGCAACAUGGAGGCUAACUACUAACCCCCGGACACCGGACUGCGGUACAUCACGGCGACAUGCCAGCCGGCGUCUGUGGCUGCUGCGGGCCGCUGAGGCCGAGGUACAAACGCCUGGUGGACAACAUCUUCCCCGAGGACCCUAAAGAUGGCCUCAGCAAGUCCGACAUGGAGAAGCUGACCUUCUACGCCGUGUCGGCUCCGGAGAAGCUGGACCGGAUCGGAGCCUACCUGGCCGAGAGGCUGAGCAGAGACGUGGUACGACACCGAUACGGGUACGUGGUGAUCGCCAUGGAGGCUCUGGACCAGCUGCUGAUGGCGUGCCACUCCCAGAGCAUCAAACCCUUCGUGGAGAGUUUCCUGCACAUGGUCGCCAAGCUGCUGGAGUCCAGAGAGCCCGACCUGCAGGUUCUGGGAACCAACUCGUUUGUAAAGUUUGCCAACAUUGAGGAAGACACGCCGUCCUACCAUCGCCGUUACGACUUCUUCGUUUCCCAGUUCAGCGCCAUGUGUCACUCCAUGCAUGAGGAUACCGACACCAGAAACAGGAUCCGUGUGGCUGGGAUUAAAGGUCUCCAAGGUGUGGUGAGGAAGACUGUGAACGACGAGUUGCAGGCCAUCAUCUGGGAGCCCCAGCACAUGGACAAGCUGAUUCCCUCCAUGCUGUUCAACAUGCAGGAUGGCGAGGAGCCGGACAGGACGGGACACCCUAGCACGCCUUCUGGGACGGGGCAGGAUGGCGAGGAGAACCCCGCUGUACUGGCUGAGAACUGUUUCCGGGAGUUGCUGGGCCGAGCGGCAUAUGGGAACAUGAACAACGCGGUUCGGCCCGUGCUGGUUCACUUGGACAACCAUCACUUGUGGGAUCCCAACGAUUUUGCAGUGUCCUGCUUUAGGAUCAUCAUGUACUCCAUACAGGCUCAGCACUCGCACCACGUCAUCCAGCAGGUCCUGAACCACCUGGACACCAACAACAAGAGCACGCCCCGCGUCCGCGCCGGCAUCGUCCAGGUCCUGCUGGAAACUGUGGCCAUCGCCGCCAAAGGCUCUGUGGGGAUGAUCCAAGAGUCUCGGAGAAGCGACGCCAUCAGCUUUGAGAGCGAAAACAAUCCUCCCAACCUGUGGCUCGGUCCCACGGUGCUGGAGGUGUUCAACACUCUGCUCAAGCACCUUCGGAUGAGCGUGGACUUUGAGUUGGGCGAGAGCUCCCGGAGGAACUCCGCCUGCAGCGUUUCAUCUGGGCGCGGGAAGGAGAGCGAAGAGCGCAUCGUCCAAAAUGCCAUCAUCCAGACUAUCGGCUUCUUUGGAGGAAACCUUCCAGACUACCAGCGCGCUGAAGUCAUGAUGUUCAUCAUGGGAAAGGUGCCCGUGUAUGGCACGCCCUGCCACACCCUGGAUACGGUGAAGAUUGGGCAUCGGGGCACCAAGCGGAUCCAGACCAUGCUGCUCAGCUCCCUCAUCAUGGUGACAUCCGGCUUUAAAUCCAAGUCCAUGUCAACUGCGUUGCCGCCCUCUUUCCUGGACCCGCUCUUCUCCAUCUCCCUGAUGGAGGACAGCGAGCUGAGGCAGCUGGUGCUUGAGAUCCUGCACAACAUCAUUGAUCGCCAUGACAACCGCGCCAAGCUCCGCGGCAUCAGAAUUAUUCCAAAUGUGGCGGCAUUGAAGAUCAAGAGGGAGAAGAUUUCCAAACAGGAUAUUGCGUUCAUGAAGAAGCAUGGCCAGCAGCUCUACCGUCACAUCUACCUGGGCUGCAAAGAAGAGGACAACAACCACAAAAACUUUGAGCUGCUCUUCACCACUCUUGCCAUCGUCACCAUCGAACUGGCCAAUGAGGAAGUAGUGAUUGACCUGAUCCGACUGUCCAUCGCUCUGCAGGAAAUGUGUCUGAUAAACGAGGAGAACAUGCCCAUGUUCAUCCGCUGUGGCAUCAUGGCAUCCGUGGCAGCAUACCUCAACUUCUUGAGCCAGAUGAUUGCCAACCCCCCGUUCUGUCAACAUGUCAGCAAGGUUAUAGAGAUGAGAAGCGUGGAAGCUCUGUUCCUCCUGCCAGAACACAUUUUCAAAGACAAGUGUCCACUCCCUGAAUCAUUGGACAAGGAAGACAAACAUCUUUAUUUUCAGACGGCAGACAUUGCAGAGUGUCUGGCAGGACCGGGAUACAACGCAGAGAGGCUGUCCGUCCCGUACAUUCCCCAGGUCACAGUGCUGUACACUGUAGGUAAAAUCAUCCACAGGUGCAAGCAGACGUCUAGAGACCGACUGACUAGGAGGAAGAGCUUUGUUGACACCAUCUCCCUGCAGGUGGACAUCAUGCCCAACAGCCUCCCAGAUAAGCAGUCACAGCUGGCAGAAGAGAUCACCUUUGCCACCCUCAAGAAGGCCAUUGACACCACCGGCCUGGAGGAGCAGGAGCGGGAGAAGAGGCGUCAGCUGAUGGAGAAGUUCCAGAAAGCUCCGUUUGAGGAGAUUGCAGCUCACUGCGAGUCCAAGGCAAACAUGCUGCACGACCGUCUGGCUCAGAUCUUUGAGCUUACCAUCCGGCCUCCCCCCAGCCCGUCUGGAGUGGUCUCCAUCUCAGCGGGACACACUCAACAUCCGUCCGUCCCCGUCUACGAGAUGAAGUUUCCAGACCUGUGUGUCUACUGAACGCAGUGCCGCAGCCACGGUCUGCACUCCAAAAAAAAAAAAAAAGGGAGGAAGUGAUGCAGUGAGGGAGGAGAAGUCUGUCGGUCACUAAAAUCCUGUUAAAUCAACCUCUGCAAACCACUGUCUCAUCUUUGUGUUCUUGGAGAUGUUAAACAUUUGAGUCACGUCCAUGAAGCAAAAAAGAACUUUGUGUCAAAAAGAACAAAAAAAGGAAAAGCCAAAAUAUUGCUGUGUCAUGGUUUUCCUGCUGAAUUACACAUCGUUUAUCGGUAGACCAGCUUGUACAUAAACUCCACGCAAAGACAAGCGCUUAGAAAUGAGGCCAAGCAGCUUCUGCCUGACUUUGGCUGCACAGCUCCUCUUCCUAUAGUUCUCAGUAUUGUAUAGAAUACAUAAAUAGUAGACAUACACGAGGAAAGAGUGGAGGAAUGUCGUGGUCAGCAGGUACUUUACAGAUUGGAAGCAGAAUCGGGAGCUGAUCAGGAUAAAGGUUUAUGAUGGGAAAAGGAAGUCCAUGAUGGAAACUAAAUGUGAUUUCAGAGGUUUGGUAAAAGAAAGCGAACUUCAGCCCAAAACUGUGACACUUUCAUUUUACGCUCUCUUAAGAUUCAGGGAAAUCUAUCAAAGAUCAUGCUCAAAUCAUACAAAAUCUAUCUUAAUAUUAAAAAUAAUCCAGCCUCUAAAGCGCUUAAAGUCACAGAGAUUGUGAGGUGGCUUCAAAUGAAACCUUUGGAGUCUCGAACCUCGAUCAGAGCAUCAGAAAUGUUCACGCUCAGUUUGCAAACUUGGUUUCAGUGUAGGCGUCUAAAGCACAGCUUGACCUACAUGCUAGGAUAGAAAAACCACCAAACCUGAGUGACAGCAGCUACCUAACCAGAGGUAAGGUCACCUGAACGACCUGCAUGGAUUAUGUGAGUGGUGAGUGUUUAUGCAGGAGGCUAUCUGCUAAAAUCCUUCCAAACAUGUUAGCUCAGCCUCUGACCAGCAAUAAAAGCAACACCUACACGUCUGCACAUGUAGGUCCAGCUGUGUUCAACCCGAUGCUUUCAGUGCUUUUUCUGAGAUCAAAUGUGAUCCCCCUGUCAGAAACUCAAGGCUUUCUUGGAGAAUAAUCCAGCGCCUAAUCCCAGGAAGCUCUUCCUGGUUUGGGUUCGAAUUUGGCAACACAGAUGCUGGAAAACCGACAUUUUUGCUGCAAAACAGCCUGAUGUCCACCUCUUAGCCUAAAACCGCACAAUCUUAGCUUCUCGCUGAAUCGUCUAAAGGGUUUUGGGAAGUCGGUUCAUGCUGAUGCGUGGCUGGAAUGUUAAUGCGUCGUCGGCAGGAAUGUUUUCUGCAUGGUGGAAGCGUCGCCUGCUGGAGCAGAGAUCAAAAGGCCUUCAUAGCUUUGGUUUUUUUUAAACUCGUAGAGCAUUUUCUCAUUCUGUGGAUGAAACUGAAUCAGUUUUAAUGUAUAUCUGUAGUCAGAGUCUAUUUUUUGAAAUCUGUGCAAUGUGCUAAUUUUAGCUCCAAGAUUCACUGAAACACCAUCUGCAAAAAAAGUUGUUUUCAUCGAAAAUAGUGAUGGAUCACCUCAUAUCUGCUACACAUCAGAACAAACACAUCAACACAAACCAGCCUGUUUUUUAAAAAAGUGUUUAUUUUGAAUGUUUAGGAGACUAAAUGAAAAGAAACCAGCUUUUUCAUGUUUGUCGUGAUGUUUGUCCGCUUCUUGUCUAAUGCGAAUGGCUGCUGCAGCUGUUGUUCACGCUCUGCUGGCACACACGCCACACUAAAGGGAAAAUGAUUUUGAGCCACAUCAGAAGAAGCUUCCUGUCUGUACGUUCAUGUUGGAGAGAUCAAAUAAAAUGUUUUUGUGGA